UUUGUGUGGUGAAGAGAAGAGAUAACAUUCCUAAGAAGAUUACAGGAUUACAGAGAUACAGUGUUUGAGCAUUCUCUCAUCUCUCCAAGCCAAACCUCUCUCUCUAUCUCUCCCUCUGUGUGCUUGUGUGUGGCCAUGGCUAACUCGAUAAUGGCUUCCUCCAAACCCCUCAUCUUCCUCUCCUCCUCCUCAACUCAACCAAGCCGCGUCCACCUCCCCGCCAAACUCCCCCAAAUCCCCAAACCCAUCUCCUCCUCCUCCGACCUCCGCAGCAAGGCUCUGUCUUUCUCCUCCGCCACCGUAAAGUCUCUAGCUUUAAUAGCCGCCCUGGCUCCUCCCUCGAUGGCCGAAGCGAUGGAGAAGGCGCAGCUCUUCGACUUCAACCUGACGCUCCCGAUCAUCGUCGUGGAGUUUCUCUUCCUCAUGUUCGCGCUGGACAAGGUGUACUACUCGCCGCUGGGGAACUUCAUGGACAAGAGAGACGGAGAGAUCAAGGAGAAGCUGGCGAGCGUGAAGGACACAUCAACGGAGAUCAAGGCCCUCGAUGAACAAGCCGACUCUGUGAUGAGGGCUGCUAGGGCUGAGAUCGCCGCCGCGCUUAACAAGAUGAAGAAAGAGACGGAGGCGGAGGUAGAGGAGCAGCUGGCGGAAGGAAGGAAGAAGGUGGAGGCGGAGCUGCAGGAGGCGCUGGCGAGCUUGGAGAAGCAGAAGGAAGUUACCAUUAAGGCUCUUGAUUCUCAGAUCGCUGCUCUUAGUGAAGACAUUGUCAAGAAGGUUCUUCCUUCUUAAUAAACAAACAAACUCUUUCUGUGUUCUGUCUUUUCUCAUUUCUCAUUUUAUAAGACAUUACUGUAAAUCUCUCUUCUUCUCUUCUCUAUCUGUCUCUCUUGGAUUUGUUCGUUUAAUCAAGAAGAACAAUUUUAUAUAUGUAAGUUUUUUUUAUAAAUGAUUAGCUCUCUCUUUUCGUA